UCAAGGUAAAGCCAAGAAAUGAAAAAAGUCAUAUCGGAGGACACUUGCAAUCUGUCACACUGACAAGACGUCUCAAGCCACCAGAGAGAAUUUCUCCAGCUCAGGUGAUCAGAAAGAUGGAACAGUUCAGCUUUCUAUUUCUUUUGGGAGUCUUUUGUUCCCUCUUCAUCGAAACUGAAGCAAGCCCAUUCGUAUACGACUAUUACAAACUACGAGUUGGUGGCUUGGUGUUCGCAGGCAUGCUUGUGACAGGAGCAGUUGUUUUAUUAAUGUGGAACAGGUGUAGGCCAAGCAAGAAAGGAGAUGAUGACUCUGAAAUUUGAGAUCCUUCAGAGGACUGCACCAGUUUGGGAUUUGUUGUCAUGACAGCCAUAAUCAUGUUUGAUGGGUCUGAUGUUGCUAGGGUAAUGCUGGACUAUAAAGAGAGGCGUUGUAGUGACUAGAUGGGUUCAAAUGCAUUUGCUUUUAUCUUUAUUUACUGAAGCCAUUGCAUGGAAUUGUGAAUCUUAUAUUAAAAAGGACAAUUCUGUGUAUGAAGAAUAGAAUCACAGUUUGGUUGAGGUUGAGUGGAUUUGCUGAUUCUUUUUUCUUCUUAUAAUAAAAUCUUUCAACUAAGACAAUGGUAGCCUAUAAAGGCUAAAAUUGAACGAUCCAUGGUUUCUAAAUAUCACAUCUACUCAAAAAGGCUACGGAAGCUAACCACCGUUUUGGUUUAGGCGUGCAUGGAAACCAAGAAAUGAAAGUCUACUCCGCCCUAAAGUGCUUCACAUCAAUUCAAAACUCAGCCCAUUUCCAAACUGAGCCAACCUGUUGAACGUCAGUGAAAAGGGUGUUGGCCUCAGUCUUCCCUAAAUCAAUAUACAGACUCUGGUGCCAACAAAGGUUUACGAUAAGUUGUCCGUCUUUUAUUCUUCGGCUAUUCGACACGUGUGAAAAGGGUUAGAAGCAGGUAUGCAGUCAGCGAUGGCAAGGAUUUUUGCAGCAGUCUUCUUCACACUUGUAUCCUUUGUACUGGCAGAAGAACGUGGACCAGAGAAACCGGAGGAUGACCCUUUCACUUUUGACUACUACAGACUUCGUGUUGGUGGUCUGAUUCUGGCUGCAGUCUUGUGCCUGAUUGGAUUCACCAUUCUCCUGAGUGGGCGCUGUAGAUGCAAGUUUAACCAGGACAAGAGGAGAAAGGCAGGAAGCAGUGCUGCUGGGCAACAGAUGCUCAACGACGCAGCCCGGGCCAGCGAAUGCUAGACGGAAAUCAGUGAUCGAAGUACUGCAUAUGGGACACUCAGCAGUCCGAGGAGAAAGGAUUGCCAUGUUUCUUUUUACAGUUUGAUCACUUAAAUAUGGUGGAAUUUUCCAAUUGGAGUGAAAGGUGUAUCCAUCAUAGAAAUGUGUCAAGUUGUUGUUGCGCAUACUCCAUCCUUACUUUGUUAUUCAGCUGUGGAUUGAAAGAGAACGGAAAAAAUGCACAUGGUAGACAUGUGAUUACCAAAAACAUUCUGAACUCA